UUCUGCCCAAUUCCCCCGCAUCUCACGUGGUUCAGUCCAUUCACCUGCUCCCUUCAACCCUUUCCGCCCCCCCGUCUCAUUGUGGUUCAUUCCAGCCCUAUUCCCCCCCGCCGUUUUCCACGUGGUUCAGUCCAUUCAUUCAAUUGGUUUAACCCGCUUCCCCCUCGUUUCCCACGUGGUUCAGUCCGUCUAUCCAAUUGGUUAAACCCGGUUCCCCCCUCUUUUUCCACGUGGUUCAGUCCAUUCAUCCGAUUGGUUUAACCCGAUUCCUCCCCAUUUUCCACGUGGUUCAGUCCAUUCAUCCAACCCGGUUCCUCCCCCCACACUCGCUCACCAUGGUUCAUUCCACCCCCCCAUUUUCCACAAGGUUUGUCCCUCAAACCCCCCCCAACUCCUGCUCCAAAUGGUUCCACCCUCUGAGUCAUCACCCUGCGCAGGCAUCUGACGUCAUCUCCCUGCGCACCGUCGCGCCGCAGUGACGCCAUCACCCCGCGCGGGCGCUGCCGGUGCCGUUCCAGGCCCGGAGCCCCCCAUGAGCCGCCGCCGCCGCUUCGGGGACACCGAGAGCGCCCUCGCGGCCAAGCGGCGCCGUCCGGAGCUGCCGGGGGAGCCCCCGCGCCCCGACGGCAGCCCCGCCGGGGUCGAGGCCGCUCUCGGCGCCGUUUCCGCGCUGUUCCCGCGGCGCCUGUUCGGGGACGCGCUGCCGCCCCUGGUGCUGCGGCAUCAGCUCUACAGCCUGGUGGGGGACAGGACGGCCGUGGAUCGGCACCUGAACCGGCUCCGUGACGAGGGCCGGGUGCGGCUGCUGCACCUGGGGCUGGGCCCGGACACGCUCGGGGUCGUCAGCCUGGAGCUGUACCGGGAGAAGGUGCUGGCGGCCGUGUCGGGGUCCCCGCGGGAGCCGCUGGUUCGGCGAUUCCUGGAGGCCGCGGUGGCCGCGAGCCCCGAGCUGGGCUACGAACGGAGCGGGAUGGGAGAGAGGGGGUUCGGGGAUAAGGACAUCACGCAGUUGGUGGCCGCCGGGCUCCUCACCGUCCGUGACGCCGGCAGUUGGUGGCUGGCCGUGCCGGGGGCCGGGCGCUUCGUCCGGGCGCUCAUCCGGGGCCGCCGGGCCCUGCUGUCCCUCAUCAAACGCUCCCGGCACCGCCAGGUUCCACUGCGGGACCUCGAGGGUCUCAGAGCCCCCCCGGGCGCCGCUCUGGGGGUCCCGUUCCUGCUGCACGACCUGCUGGGGGAGGGGCGGCUGCUGAGUGUCCCCUCCGCCGCCGGCCCCCUGCUGCGAUUGGCCGACCCCUGACCUCUGACCCAAGACCGGAUCUUCCUGAGGAGAUUUCCCGCCAAAUUUUUGCACUAGGGCGUGGCCAGGCCUGACCACGCCUAUUUAGGGCGGGGCUAAAGGGAACAAGCAAUCCUUGCCUUAUUUAGCCCCGCCCCCUCGGCAUUCAGCCCCGCCCCCCGCGGGCCGGGGGUGUCCCCGCCCUUGGAAGGGGCGGAGCCAAGUGCAAUUAAAAAUAAAAUUAUUAAAAUACGA